AUGCCUUCGUACUCGGCAUCGAUAGCAGCCAUCGGCGCUUUCCUGCUUUCGCGGCCCGUUGUGGCUUCGGGGCUGGGAAAAUCACCUUUCGGUUGGGGAGUUCAGUCGCUUGCUCACUUUGGUCUGAGCCCCGACCUUGUAAUAGAUAAUCAGCAGAGCAUUCAUUCUUUAGUUUCGCACUCGGCCAUGACGGCUGCAUUAGAAACUGAAUAUGUCACCAUCCCUCUUGACCAUGACAACUCAUCUGCUGGCACGUAUGAGAAUCGUUUUUGGGUCAAUGAUGAGUUCUACAAGCCCGGGAAUCCCAUCAUGGUAUACGACGCAGGGGAGACGGACGGGGACGCAGUAGCUCAGGCGUACCUGACGUCCACGUUAUCCUUCUUCAGAGGAUUAUUGGAAGAGCUUGAUGCCAUGGGAAUUGCCUGGGAGCACAGAUACUAUGGAGAGUCGACCCCGGCUCCCAUCUCCUACGAUUCACCACCGGAGACCUUUCAAUACCUCAACACUAAGCAGGCUCUCGCAGAUCUUCCAUACUUUGCCAGCAACUUCAGCCGCGAGAAAUACCCUGACAUUGACUUGACUCCGCAGGGCACACCGUGGAUCAUGGUGGGCGGUUCGUACGCUGGGAUUCGCGCUGCCUUGACUCGCAAUGAAUAUCCGGAGACCAUAUAUGCUGCCUUUUCCUCGUCGGCUCCGGUGGAAGCCCGGAUCAAUAUGGCCAUGUACUGGGACCAAGUCUAUCGUGGAAUGAUCGCCAAUGGAUGGACCAACUGCACUCAAGAUAUCCGCGCUGCUUUGGACUAUAUCGAUGAUCAACUGUCGGACGAAGAGACCGCCUCCUCCAUCAAACAACUGUUCUUCGGGUCCGGCGCCGAAAUCAACUCGAACGGUGAUUUCACUGCAGCUCUAACGGGUAUAUAUGGCUUCUUUCAAAGUUACGGGAUGUCAGGAGGUGCCGGAGGACUAGGCUCGUUCUGCACGUAUCUCGAAGUUGACCCCGAGACGAAUGGUACGACAGGGCCAGACGGGCUUGCUCCACUCUAUGGCGGCCAAUAUGUUGCUGAACGCUGGGCACAAUGGCCGGUCUUCACCGAGCUGGUGAAUGAAAACAUGGACACCAACUGCCGGUCCCUUAAUGAGUCGGCACCACUGGAUUGCGAUUUUUCAAAGCCAUACGGCGAUCCCUCAGCCAUCAGUUGGACCUGGCAGUACUGCACCGAAUGGGGCUUCUACCAGGCCAAUAAUGACGGACCACACGCGCUGCUGUCGCGAUACCAGACCUUGGAAUACCAGCAGGAAUUGUGUAACCGUCAGUUCCCUAGCGCGGUCGUGAAGGGAUUACUGCCGCCUCAACCGCUGGUGGAUGAUGUCAACCAAAGGUUCGGGGGCUGGACGAUCCGCCCCUCCAAUGUUUACUUUAGCGGAGGGGAAUUCGACCCUUGGAGGACGUUGUCCAUUCUCUCGACGGAGGAUAUUGCCCCUCAGGGGGUGCAGUUUUCGACCACGAUUCCCGGGUGCGGGGUUGAGACAAGCGAGAACACGGUCUUUGGGUACAUUAUGGAAAACUCGGAACACUGCUUUGACUUUCAGUCCACCCCGACUGCUGGUAAGCUAUCACGAGGCCUCUUUACGUCAGCCAUGCUGGAAUGGCUGCCGUGCUUUGGACAGGAGUGA